AUGGCCGCCGUCGGGCCGCGGAGCUCCGUGCGCGGAGCCCUCUGCAAGCAGCUACUGCUGACCCUCUUGGUCUUCAAUUUUGCUUGUGAAGCUUGCAAAAAGGUUAUAUUCAAUAUACCUUCUAAGCUGGAGGCAGAUAAAAUGAUUGGAAGAGUUAAUUUGAAAGAGUGUCUCAAGUCUGCAGACACCAUCCGGUGGAGUGACCCUGAUUUCAGAGUUCUGUAUGACGGGUCCGUAUUCACAGCCAGAGCUGUUGUGUUGUCUGAUGAAAAGAGAUCAUUCACCCUAUGGCUUUCGGACACAAAGAAACAGAUACAGAAGGAUAUUACCGUGCUUCUGAAACAUCAGACGAAGGUACUGAGGAAAAGGCAUACUAAAGAGACUGUCCUCAGGCGUGCCAAAAGGAGAUGGGCACCUAUUCCUUGUUCAAUGCAGGAGAAUUCUUUGGGCCCUUUCCCAUUGUUUCUUCAACAGGUUCAAUCUGAUGCAGCACAGAACUAUACCAUCUUCUAUUCGAUAAGUGGACGUGGAGUCGACCAAGAACCUUUAAAUUUGUUUUACAUAGAGAGAGACACUGGAAAUCUGUAUUGUACCCGGUCUGUGGAUCGUGAGGAAUAUGAUGUUUUUGAUCUGAUCGCCUACGCGUCAACUGCAGAUGGGUAUUCAGCGGAUUUGCCUCUGCCACUGCCCAUCCGAGUGGAGGAUGAAAAUGACAACCACCCAGUGUUCACAGAAAGCACUUAUAAUUUUGAAAUUCCAGAAAGUAGUAAAGUUGGAACGACAGUGGGAGUGGUUUGUGCCACAGACAGAGAUGAGCCUGACACAAUGCACACGCUUCUGAAGUACAGCAUUUUGGAGCAGACACCAAGAUCAACUGGACUCUUUUCUGUGCAUCCCAGAAAAGGUGUCAUCACCUUAGCCUCUCACUAUCUGGACAGAGAGACGGUACACAAGUACACAUUGAUAAUGAAAGUACAAGACAUGGAUGGUCAGUUUUUUGGAUUGAUGGCUACAUCAACUUGUCUGAUAACAGUAAAAGAUUCAAAUGACAAUGCACCUACUUUCAGACAAAAUGCUUAUGAGGUAUCCGUAGAGGAAAAUGUAUUCAAUGUGGAAAUCUUACGAUUGCCUGUAGAAGAUAAAGAUUUAAUUAACACUGAGAAUUGGAGAGUCAAUUUCACCAUUUUAAAGGGCAAUGAAAAAGGACAUUUCAAAAUCAGUACAGAUGGAAAAGCUAAUGAAGGCGUUCUCUCUGUUAUAAAGCCACUGAAUUAUGAAGAAAACCAUAAAGUGAUCCUGGAAAUUGGAGUAAGCAAUGAAGCUCCACUUACUAGAGAUAUUGCAAGCCGACCAGCAACCAUGAACAGAGCCGUGGUUGCAGUUCAUGUGAAGGAUCAGGAUGAAGGACCCGAAUGCAACCCACCAACCCAAUAUGCACGGCUUAAGGAAAACUCAGCAGUUGGGUUGAAGGUCAAUGGCUAUAAAGCAUAUGACCCAGAAAUGAAAAAUAGCAAUGGUUUAAGAUACAAAAAAAUGAGUGAUCCUAAAGGCUGGAUCAAGAUUGAUGAAAUUUCAGGGUCAAUUAUGACUUCCAAAACCCUGGACAGGGAGGAAAUGACUCCCAAAAAUGACUUAUAUAAUAUUACAGUCAUGGCAAUAGACCAAGAUGGUAGAUCAUGCACUGGGACCCUUGCAGUGCACAUUGAAGAUGUGAAUGAUAAUGCACCAGAAGUGGUUCAAAAUUAUCUAACAAUUUGCAAACCAAAGAUGGGCUAUACUGAAAUUUCAGCUGUUGAUCCUGAUGAAGUGAUCAAUGGCCCUCCAUUUUCUUUCUCCUUGGAAAAUGCUUCUCCAGAAAUCAAUAGAAUAUGGACCCUCACUCGAGUUAAUGAUACAGCUGCCCGUCUUUCCUAUCGGAGUAAUGCUUACUUUCAAGAAUAUAAUGUUCCUGUUACUGUACAGGACAGAGUAGGCCAAUCUGCAACAAAAAACUUGAGAGUCAAUCUGUGUGAUUGUGUCCAUCCAAGUCAAUGUCGAGCAGCUACAAGGAGUGGAGGAGGAAUACGACUUGGAGAAUGGGCGAUCCUGGCAAUAUUACUGGGUGUAGCAUUGUUAUCUUGUGUAUUGCUGACUUUAGUAUGUGGAGUUGUUGGUACCAGAAAAGAAAAAUGUUUUCCUGAAGAUUUAGCUCAGCAGAACUUAAUUAUAUCAAACACAGAAGCACCUGGAGAUGAUCGGGUGUGUUCUGCCAAUGGAUUUAUGACCCAAAGUGUUAACAACUCCAGCCAAGGCUUUUGUGGUACAAUGGGAUCAGGAGUCAAAAAUGGCGGGCAGGAAGCCAUUGAAAUGGUGAAAGGAGGACACCAGACCUUGGAAUCCUGCCGAGGGGCAGGACAUCACCACACCCUAGAGUCAUGUAAGGGAGGACACUUGGACAUGGAAAAUGGCAGAUACAGUUACUCGGAGUGGCAUGAUUUUACUCAGCCUCGUCUUGGUGAAAAAUUGCACCUGUGUAAUCAGAAUGAAGGCCAUAUGCAAGCUGAAGAUUACGUCCUUACAUAUAAUUAUGAAGGAAGAGGAUCUCCAGCGGGAUCUGUAGGUUGUUGCAGUGAAAAACAGGAAGAAGAUGGACUUGACUUUUUAAAUAAUUUGGAACCUAAAUUUACUGCAUUAGCAGAAGCAUGCAAAAAAUGA